AUGGCGGGCGGGUUCGCCGACUUCGAUGCAGGCCACCGAGACCUGGUAACGGUGACCAAGUUCAACUUCUACGGGAAUCGAAUUGUCACGGCCUCUUCUGAUCAUCGUAUGAAAGUCUGGGACUUGAAGGAUCAUCAUUGGCAAUUAACGGAUACAUGGCGAGCCCAUGACGCAGAGAUUCGUGAUGCAUCAUGGAACGGACCUUUUACGGGUCAACACAUUGGAAGUGUUGGAGAAGAUAUGAAACUUAAAAUCUGGCAGGAGGAUGUCACACAGCCACCCAAUUCUGGCCGGCGCUUUAGGUCUAUCUUUCGCAUGACAGCGCCUCAACGGCAUCCAUUUGUGUCACUAGACUUUCGAAACAUUGAUCUUGAGUCGUGGAUGGCAGCAAUCACCCGUGAUGGCUACUUAAUGAUUAUGGAACCGGUCAGCCCCGAUAGUCUAGCUGACUGGCAGACGCUCGAUCAAUUUCGAGUUUGCUCAGCACCUGAACGUGGAGAGGAAACCAGUUUCAAGGUUCAAUUUCACCACGACCCUACGGAUAUCACAAAUUCGCUUUUACCAGACUCGGAUCGCAAAAGCCUUUCGCUUGUUGUUGCCGCAAUGGACACGGUAAAGAUCUACCGCACAGAUGCCAACCGGCACUUUUAUCAUGCCAUUGAAUUGAAUGGACACGCAAGUCUUGUAAGAGAUAUCUCAUGGGCCAACGGCUCCGUGCGAGGCUAUGAUCUCAUUGCCAGCGGUAGCAAGGAUGGCCUUGUCCGAAUUUUUGAGGUGUACACAACACCAGCCAAUCAAGGUUCUCAAAAUACCAGCUCACGAAAAUCCGAACGUCGACAGCAAUCUCCAUCGAUUCGCGCUACAUCCCAGUCCGGGAUUGGAAAUGCUCUAGCAAACCGCACACCAUCUUCCACGUCGAAUCGACAAGCGAGUGCUGAUUCUUUGUUCCGACACUCGUUCAAGCAAGUCGCGUGUAUAGAUAGUAAGCAUAUUGAUGUGUGGCAGGUGGAAUUUUCAUUUGCAGGAGACGAUGGGACUGUUCGGUUCUGGAAGAAAUCAUUAGCAGGAGAGUGGCUUGAGUUUGCAGAGACUGAUAUGGUAUCUCAGUGA